AUGUGGCCGUUUUGGUUCACUGCGCCGUGCGGGGCGCGGUGCCGUGGCAUGGCGUGCGAGCAGGUGAUGUUUGACACGAUGGGGCCAGAGAUCACCAUCCACAACGCGUCGGGUAGCCCCAUCUCGCUCACGGCCGGCGACUCCAUCACCAUCACGCCCAGUCCCUCCGCCGCCCCCAUCUCCUCGCAGCUGCUCCCCAUCAACUUCAAGGGCCUCGCCAAGGCAGUGAAGCCGGGAGAUGAGAUCUUCGUGGGGCAGUACCUAUUCACGGGCAGCGAAACCACCUCCGUCUGGCUCGAGGUCCACGAGACAAAGGGCGCUGAUGUGAUCUGCUUUGUUAAGAACAGUGCCACGCUGGCGGGCACUGUGUUCACGGCCCACGUGGCACAGGUGCGCAUAGACCUGCCGACGCUGACGGAGGAGGACAAGCGGCUGAUUGCCACGUGGGGGCAGCGCAACAGCAUCGACAUCAUCUCCCUCUCCUUCACACGCCAUGCAGACGACGUCCGCCAGGUGCUGCCUCAGGUCCCCCUUGCGUGCACGACUUUGACACUGUCCUUUCCCCGAGCGCUGCUGUCGAAGCUGGGCGACCUCUCUCAGACGCAGAUCUAUGCCAAGAUUGAAAACAUGGAGGGAUUGAAGCACUUUGACGAGAUCCUUCAGGAGGCAGACGGCAUCAUCCUCUCACGAGGCGAUCUGGGCAUUGACCUCCCAGCAGAGAAGGUGGGUGCAGGACUCCUGUCACGGCCUCAAGAGCAGCGCACACUAACGUGGCUUCUCACCCCCUUGAUCACAGUAACAAUCAGAGUGCAGCACCAGCACUCCUGCCCUCGACACACCUACCUUCACCACCCAUACCAUUGUCUCUUCAACCCUCAGCUCCCCGAAUUGAAGGCAGCCAUCUUCAAGUGCAACAUGGCGGGCAAGCCGUCCAUCAUCACGCGUGUUGUCGACACCAUGACAGACACGCCGCGCCCCACCAGAGCCGAGGCCACCGACGUUGCCAACGCCGUGCUCGAUGGCACGCACACGGUGCUUCUGGGAGCGGAGACGCUGCGAGGGCUGUACCCCGUGGAGACCGUCAUGACCAUUCGCAAGAUCUGCGCUGAGGCAGAGAAGGUGUACAACCAGCAGCUCUACUUCAAGAAGACGGUCAAAUACGUGGGCGAGCCCAUGACCCACAUCGAAUCCAUCUGCUCCUCUGCGGUGCGUGCGGCAGAGAAGGUGCGCGCGUCAACCAUCGUGGUCUUCACGUCGUCAGGCCGCACAGCUAGGCUGGUGGCCAAGUACAAGCCCACGAUGCCCACGCUGGUGGUGGUGGUGCCGCGCCUCAGCACCAACCAGCUCAAGUGGAGCUUCACUGGAGCCUUCCAGGCCCGCCAGUGCCUCGCCAUUCGAGGCCUCUUCCCCAUGCUCGCCGACCCACGCAACCCGUCGGCGAGCAACAUCACGACGAACGAGACGGUGCUGAAGAUGGCGAUGGAGAAGGGCAGGGAGAUGGGUCUUAUGCGCGCCCAUGACCGCGUCGUCGUCGUGCAAAAGCUCGGAGACUCCUUUGUGGAUGCCAUAGUGUACCUUGUCGACGCUGCUGAUAAGGAGAGAUUCAUCGAGUCGAAGAAGGAACUCGAUGGACUACUUUCAGACGACUCUCUGGCGCUCGUUCCGUUUCUGAUCUUGGGAAACAAAAUCGACAUUCCAACUGCCGCAUCCGAAGAUGAGCUUCGUUAUUCUCUGGGCCUGACUAACUACACGACAGGGAAGGGCAAGGUAAAUUUGGCAGAGUCCAACAUCAGACCGAUUGAAGUCUUCAUGUGCAGUGUGGUGCGUAAGAUGGGAUAUGGUGAGGGCAUUAAGUGGCUUUCGCAGUACAUCAAGUAG